GUAACCAUCUUCUUCAUUUUAAUUUGAACGCAACCCAAAACUCAACUCAGCGCCUUCAGAGAAAAAAACUCCUUUCAUGGCGUCUGCUUCUGGAAGCUUAGAUACUAUUGCCAAUUCUUCCAACUUCACUCUCUCCGAACAUCCCUUCAUGUCCACCACUUAUUUCACUGAUCUUCUCGCCUCUCCAAAAUCUCCCGAUCAUGAUAACUAUGAUGAACUUAGUUGCACUGGUGGCUUAUCGGAUAGAAAUGGCUCUGGUGUCCCUAAAUUCAAGUCUAUUCAGCCACCUUCUCUCCCAAUCUCCCCACCUUCCAUUUUUUCUCCCUCUUCUUUCUUCUCCAUUCCUGCCGGCGUCAGCCUUGCUGAGCUCUUGGACUCCCCCGUCUUGUCAAACACAGCUAACGUUUUGCCAUCUCCAACAACAGGAUCAUUUCCAUCUCAAGCCUUCAAUUGGAAGACAAAUUCUGGAAACAAUCAGCAAGGUGUCAAACAGGAAGACAAAAACUUCCCUGAUUUCUCUUUCCAGACCCAAUCAUUCAAACCCAACUCAACCAUGUUUCAAUCUUCUGCCAUCACUGUUACAACUGCACCACCACCAAAACAACAACGGAGCUACCAUGACCCUGAGAUUGGAUCUCUUCAAACCAACAGCAAUCAAAGCAACAAUGGGUUCCAAUCAGAAUACGGAAACUAUCGUCAGCAGAGGGAGAGUAGAAAAUCUGAUGAUGGAUACAAUUGGAGGAAAUAUGGGCAAAAACAAGUGAAGGGAAGUGAAAAUCCAAGAAGUUAUUACAAGUGCACUUAUCCCAAUUGUCCCACAAAGAAGAAGGUUGAAAGAUCUUUAGAUGGACAAAUAAUUGAGACUGUUUAUAGGGGUGGUCACAAUCAUCCGAAGCCUCAAUCCACAAGGCGAUCAUCAUCUUCAUCGUUUAGUUCUAACGCAGUUCAACCUCCUGGUGAUGCCCCGGAUCCGUCAUUUGCCACACAUGGCAGUGGAAAAAUGGACUCUUCUGCAACCCCGGAGAAUUCUUCGAUAACUGUCGGCGAUGAAGAUUUUGAUCGAGGGUCGCAGAAGAGUAAACCAGAAGGAGAUGAGUUUGAGGAAUAUGAACUUGAGGCCAAAAGAUGCAAAACUGAGAUUGAAAAUGAAGGCAUUUCAGCUCCUGGAAGUAGAACGGUGAGAGAGCCUAGAUGUGUGGUCCAAACAACGAGUGACAUUGAUAUUCUUGACGAUGGAUAUAGAUGGAGGAAAUAUGGACAGAAAGUUGUUAAAGGAAAUCCAAAUCCAAGGAACUACUACAAAUGUACACAUCCAGGAUGUCCAGUGAGAAAGCAUGUUGAGAGAGCAUCUCAUGAUCUUAGAGCAGUGAUCACAGCCUAUGUAGGGAAGCACAACCACGAUGUUCCAGCCGCUCGCAGCAGCAGCAGGCGGCCGUCAUUGCCCGACAACGGUAACAAAAUUGCGGCCAUGCCGAUAAGGGUUCAAGCUGCGAACCAUCAUUCUAAUAACUCCAUCAACAACCCCCUUAGCAAUUUAAGGCAACCAUCAUCGGAAGUCCAACCACACUUCACCCUUGAAAUGUUGCAAGCUCCCGGAGGUUUUGGAUUUUCGAGGUUCGGAAAUUCCGUAAAUGAGACACAAGCGUCAGACAAUUUGAUGUCGAGGGCCAAGGAUGAACCAGGGGAUGACAUCUUCUUUGAGUCAUUGCUAUACUGAAUUAGUGGUUACUUAAGAAUCAGAAAAAUUAAAGGCUCAGGUUCAUUUGUUGAUUAAUUUAUGUUCAGAUUGUUUGUUGUAUAUUUUAAUUUCAUUUGGAUAUGUAUAUUCACAUAAGUGUAGGGGAUAUAAGUCUCUAGAACUUAUUUUGAGUGUUUUGUGGCCUCUCUUUGACAUAUAACAAGAGAAGCCUCAAUUCACUUCUUGUAUGAAAUAUGUUGGUGAAUCAUCUUUGUCAAAAAAUAUUUUCUGGGAAAUAAAAAACAAAAAUCGUAUUUAUAAUAAAACUAUGUAUAUAUAUUUUGAA